AGGACAGAGGGAAGGAAAGGGAGGUUUAAAUGAGUGAGUGGCAGGGGGCAGAGAGGAGUGACAGAAUGAUAGAGUGAAUUAAUUCAACCUUAACCAGCCCUGAUUGACUCCAAUACCAAACUGGCAUGUAGAAGCAUUCGCAGUGACACCAAAGCCAUGGAGAGAGAAAAGAGGAAUGACAUAUCCUUCUCUAGAAAGAGAAGUUUCACUUUUGGGGCAUAUGGCGGUGUGGACAGAUUCACAUGUGGUGAUGAUAGAAGACCUGAAUCUGCAGAAGACAAAAUACUGGAUAUCCUGGAUUCUCCUACCAGUGACACCAAGCCUUUCCUUUCUUCCAGCAGCAACCAAAGAGACACAGAGCUGUUUGAAAUCAUUGAGAAGCUGCAGGGCAGCAGGAUCGAUGAGCAGCGAUGUGAAUUCCCACUGCCUCUCAAGUCUCCGCUUUUGACUGUAAAUUCAGACCUGCCUCUCAUCUUGCCCUCAAAAUUGGGGGGCUACUGGAUUGACCCCCCUCUGGAGAGACUUGUAGAUGUGAGUCCCACCUCUUCCCAUUGUGGUCUUGAUCCAGAGAGCUAUGACAUUAUGGAGAGAGAUGGUGAGGCCAAAAUCUACAACGAGUUUUUCCGCUCACGAUAUCACCACUCAUUUACAGCAAUAGAUCCAUCAUUUGGACCACUGGUUCUCUCUGUGUGUUUGGAGGAAGAAGAGAAUAAGCUGCGGGUCAUACUAAGGAUGAAGGAGUGCUCUCUGCAUGGAGUUUUCUCUGUGUCACUUUUCCACAACAUCCCGUCUGCUGUGGAAUUAGCAAAGAUGCUCUGUGACAAAGUCACCAUCUCCAAGUUUGACGUGGUCAGCUACUUAAAGGCUCCAGAUCUCAUAACCACAUUUGAUGAACACAGAGUGUCUCCUAAUUUUAAGUUUGGUGUAUUGUACCAGAAGGCUGGACAGUUAACUGAGGAGGACAUACUGAGCAACAGCUUGGAAAGUGAAGAGUUUAAAGAGUUCCUUUCGAUUCUGGGAGACACGAUUCAGCUGCAAGGGUUCACAGGUUUCAGAGGGGGAUUAGAUGUGUGUCAUGGUCAGACAGGAAGCGAAGCAGUCUUCACUUCCUUCCAUGGAAGACAAAUCAUGUUCCAUGUCGCAACUAAACUGCCUUACACAGAAAGCGAUCCACAGCAGUUACAAAGAAAAAGACAUAUUGGUAAUGACAUUGUAGCCUUGGUCUACCAAGAGGGCCAAACCCCUUUUCUAUGUGAUAUUAUUAAGUCACAUUUCCUCCACUGUUUCCUGGUGGUGAGGAGGGUUCAGAGAGAGGAAGAGGAGGCAGGUGGAGCUGCCUACCAGGUGUCUGUCACAGCCAGAGAGGAUGUUCCUCCCUUUGGUCCAGUCAUCCCAGACCCCCCCAUCUUCACAGAUCGUUUACGGCUGAGAGAAUUUCUUCUAACUAAGCUCAUCAAUGCAGAGAUUUCUUGCUAUAAGGCCGAUCAGUUCAGCAGACUGGAGCUGCGCACUCGUUCAUCUCUCCUGGAGAGUUUACAGACUGAACUCUUCACCCGUUCCCAGUGCAUGAUGGGAGAUCCAUCACUGGCUGCUGUGCCCACAUCUGAGGGUGUGCGGGGAGCAUCUGAAGGAAGUGGGGGGUUUAUUGAAAAUUUUAAGAGAGCCAUCCGAGUGAGAAGCCAUUCGUUUGAGACUCUGGGGGUUCCCAGGAAGAUUGUUGGCAAUACACAGAAACCUAAGAUAGAGAAAGAUGGAGAGAGUGACAAGUCUUCAGGAUUUCUGUCUGACAGUUUGGGGUCAGCUGAACUCAAGGAUCAAGCAAGUCCUCAAGAGGAGACAUAAAGGAAAAUGUUAAUUUGUAGAUUUCAGAAGUACAAAUAAUUAUAGACAUUACAACCCUUUACAUUUCCAUCUGUAUUAUCCUGGUGGAUAACUUAUUUGUAAAUAGAGUUUAAAAUAAAUAGUUUUUCAGAAAAUAUAAUUAUUUCAAAAUCAUUAUAGAGAAAUUGUAAAAAUCUUAAAAUUGUAUUUGAAUUAAAACGUUUAGAUAAAAACUGACAACAUUCAGCUUUACUGCAGUGAUGGAUUUAAAAUCAGUCAGUUGAGUUGAGCUAAUUAAAUUCAAAUCAGUCCAUUAUGUAGAAAAUGAAAAAUGUUAAAUGUUUUAGAGAUGGUUAAAUACUAAUAAUAAAACAGAUUUGUAACUUGGAAAAGCAGUUGUUGCCUUAGUUUUUAAGAUGCCUACAAUAAACUUUAUCAAACUACCUCAAUGUGUUAAAAAUGAUAUUGAACAUCAAUUUGUAGAGUUGACUAAGAUCAAUGUCUUGCUUGCAGCAGUGAGUGGAUAGUGAGUGGUUGGAGACUGGAGAGGCAUUUAGAUUACAUUCUAAUUGACUAAAAUGUAUGCUGA